GCCGCGAGCAAGCAGGCCGCGACGAGAGUGAGUGUCGCCCAUCUCCUGCUCUUCUUCGUUUCACUUUGGUGCGUUGUUUGCAGGCAGCGAUCAAGAAGAAGAGCCCGAGCACGACAACAUGAGGUUGUCUUCAGCCAACUUUACGGUGCGGCAGGCAACCGCGUCGCCUGCCACGACACAGCAGCAGCAGCAGCAGCAGCAGCUGACGCAACGGCAGCGUGUAGUGGAGGAGGACAGGGAGUGGGAUAGGAGUUGGUUACCUCCGCCGCCCAAGCUGACCAAGAAGGUGACAGCCACCACAAGUUUCCACGGCGUCAGCUCGCUUCUGAGAGCCAAGCAAGCGGAGCUGCUGUCCCUGUCGCAAAAGGCCUGCGAGGACAUUGACGAGCUGGACCGGCGAGCCAAAGCUUACACUCCUGCGCAAGCCGCGGACAAGAUCGUGGUUAGAGUCCAAGAUAGUUCCGGUGGCAUUCAGUGUAUUCGCAUGGGAAUGGAUGAUAGGCUCGACAAGCUGUUUGAUGCAUAUUCCACUGCCGCAAAGGUGUCCGUGUCGGGCUUGGUCUUUUGUUUCGAUGGCGAGCAAGUACAGGGGAGUGCAACGCCAAGAAGCAUGAAUCUGGAAAACGAGGACAUGUUGGAGGUGUCCGGGCAAUCAUGCUCGCGGGACAACAGCGACCACAACUCACAGCGACAGCAACAACAACAACAACACAAGAUCGUGCUCAAAGUUCAGGACAAGUCGGGCGGGAUUCACUCCUUCCGUAUGGGAAUGGAUGACAGAUUUGAGAGGCUGUUUGCUGCGUAUGCAAGCACCACAAAGACAUCCAAAUCGAACUUGGUGUUCCGUUUUGACGGGGAACAGUUGCAAGGCAAUGCCACUCCCAAGAGCCUGGAUAUGGAGGACGAUGACUCAAUCGAGGUGUUCGUCAGGUCUUAAAAAACGUGUAAAAGGCUACUUUUCGUGGUGCUCUGUUAGUGGGAUGGGAUUUGGGAUUCCUCGUGCGUUGAUCGUCAAAUCCCUUCGCUUCCUUCCACCUGUGUGGAUCCCGUGCAUGCUACUUGUGCGUGGUGCUUGGUGACAAAGUCGUGAUAGUUGCACCAAAACUAAAGGUGAAUCACUUGGAGCACUGCGCACGACGAAAGGGACGGACAGCAUAGAAAGGACAUGGACAAGGAACGCCCCAGCUCCAAUUUUUGACAAAGCUGCUGUACCGAAUGAAGUGAAUCGAAUCAAGGAGAAUCGUUUUUCGCUGGUGUAAGUUGGUGGGGAGGCAACUAACUCUCUAAUAAUCGCUACGUAAACUCGUACGACUUGAAUGCAAAGCAGACAAGCAUCUCUUGC